UUCCUGUCGCUGUGGGCAACUGUGUUUCAUCACCAAAAAAAAAUGCAAACUCAUAAUUCCAAAUCGAACACCGCGUUCUUCAUUCAAGACAGUUUUUACUGAGGCACUCUUUUGUUUACUUCGUGAUGUCGUUCAUGGAAAUUGUAGUUCUACAACCUAACAGUUCUCAUGAACCUCCUGGCUUGAUCCAGUGGAAAAACUGUAUUUCCCAGAAAACGUUGCUCCAUUUUUGUGCGCAGUGAAGCUGUCAGAUACACUGUUUAUCACCUGGCUCCAGAAAGAUGCUGAGGCAGAAAGGCGCAGUGAGCGCAGGAGGCUGCAUCUUCUGAACCUGCAGUGUCUUGUACAUUUGGAUAAAGAGACUUUACAGGGAAAACACAUUUAUGUACUUGCAAAAAGACAUUAAUACAAAAGCCUUAAAUUCCAUGUAAGAUUUAUCACACUGUCAGACCGUUUGAAAUUGAACGCAACCUAGCCUACUACUACGACUACAUACUUAUUUUUGCAUCUUGCGCAUUAACAGGUGUACUUCAGUGUGCAACACCUUAAUACCACAAGGGGAUAUAUUUAAACUGGAUAUUCAAUUCUGAAGAUUACAAAAAAUAAAAAAAAAUCAGCGAAUACCAGUGAAGAUGAGCACCGUACUUCAGCAGCAGGCUGUACACAGCCCUCUUGAGAAGCAACAAGGAAUCCUGUGCUACAACUGCGGCAAAUCCUGCAAAGGAGAGGUCCUCCGGGUUCAAAACAAGCAUUUUCAUAUCAAGUGCUUCGUAUGCAAAGUGUGUGGCUGUGACUUGGCCCAGGGAGGAUUUUUCGUCCGUCAAGGAGAGUACAUUUGUACCUUGGACUACCAGAGACUUUACGGGACACGCUGCUUUAGCUGUGAUGAGUUUAUCGAAGGAGAGGUUGUUUCAGCCCUGGGGAAGACGUAUCACCCCCGGUGUUUUGUCUGUGCUGUUUGCAGACAGCCGUUUCCCCCUGGAGAUCGAGUGACCUUCAACGGGAAAGACUGCAUUUGCCAGAAAUGUUCACAGCCCAUGCCUGCCCACAGCCCUGCAACAAUCCAGGCAGUCAGAAACUGCUCUGGCUGUGGAAAGGAAUUUACAAAUGAACAGUCGCUGGUAGCAUUGGACAAACACUGGCACCUUGGCUGUUUCAAGUGCAAGAUUUGUAACAAAGUGCUGAAUGCGGAAUACAUCAGCAAGGGAGGAAUUCCUUACUGUGAAGCUGACUACCAUGCCAUGUUCGGCAUCCAGUGUGAACACUGUAAGAAAUACAUCACUGGUAAAGUAUUAGAGGCAGGCGAUAAACAUUAUCACCCAUCCUGCGCAAGAUGUGUCAGGUGCGACCAGAUGUUCAGGGAAGGAGAAGAGAUGUAUCUUCAAGGUUCUUCCAUUUGGCAUCCACCUUGUAGACAGGCAGCCAGGGCUGAAGAAAAACACAAGGUAACUAGAACUUCCUCUGAAAGCAUCACCUCUGUUCCAGCUUCAAGCACUUCAGGAUCUCCAAGCCGUGUCAUUUACACAAAACUUGGCGACGAAUUUCUUGACUACAAGGAUCUGGCAGCACUUCCUAAAAUUAAGGCAAUCUAUAACAUUGACCGCCCUGAUAUGCUCACCUAUUCUCCAUAUAUGAAUUACUCUUCUGGUGACAGGCAUAGCAAUGUGGAGUCACGUCAGCUACUUUCCCCAACACCCACUGAGGGCGAUCAAGGCGACAAAUCCCCCCGACAGCAGAGACCCUCCAGCCCCAGCUCCAACAGCUCCCUGGGAUAUGGGCGCUUCACUCCAACACGCUCGCCUCAGUACAGCAGACCAGAGCUACCCCCUGCUGGUGGUACAUACACUGUGCGUGCUGGCAAUUACAGUUCUCUUCCCCAUGACGCCAGCACCAUAGCCAUGCUCCGACAUAACUACAUCCCAUACUUUAAAGGUAGUGAAAGCGGCCAGAGUACCCCCAGCCUAUCCGCAUAUUCAGACAGCAAAUCUCCCUCCUCUACCUAUGUGCAAGCACCCAGGCACUUCCAUGUACCAGAAACUAGGCUAAAAGAUAAUCUCUAUAGAAAACCCCCAGUCUACAAACCGCAUGCGGCAAGGACAUACUGGCACGGAGGAGAGGAUAUGGAACAUGACAACAGAAAGAUUAAGACAAACUGGUUGAUUUUGAAGAGCGAGAUGGAUGCUCGGUCUGGUCCAGAUGAUGUAGAUCCCAGGACAUCUACUCGCAGCCUGCCUAUUGAUCCAUCACAGACAAACUUCCCCUACUCUAAAUCAGCAUCUCUUCCUGGUUAUGGGAGAAAUGGGAUACAUAAGGCUACAGAUCUAGCCCAAUAUGAGCCAGACCAGGAUGGAAGCUGGGGAAUGAGAGAAUACAAGGUUUAUCCCUAUGGAAUGCUAGCAGUAACAAACAGAGUUCGUUUUAAAUUGCCAAAGGAUGUGGACAGGACGAAGUUGGAGAGGCACUUGUCUCCUGAAGAAUUUGGGCGGGUUUUUGGAAUGACGAUUGAAGAGUUUGAUCGCUUAGCACUGUGGAAAAGAAACGACAUUAAGAAGAAAGCACGCCUUUUUUAAACACAGAAUAUAGAAUUUCUUGCUUAGCAAAAGUCCUGUCUGGUGGAAGAAAAAUGCCACAGGAUUACUUGCAAUGUCAUCACUCUUUGAAUAAAGAUGAUCCAAUGGAAGCCAGCAGGAAUAGAGAGAGCAACUUCUCUUUUACCUGGUCUUAGUCACAACCAGCCCAUACAGGGCAAAUAACUGAAUUCAUUUAUUAUUUUAUUAAUUAAUUAAUAUUAAAAAGCUUUCGUAACAGUGUAAUAGUUUAGGUCUGUACACUGAUAGUACUUUGCACUGCCACUAUAAACUAUAAUUUGCAUUAUGUUACAGAACCAGGUGACUAAGGCUAAUAAUACAUGCUUAGGCCAAAAAAAAGAAAACAAAAAAAGAUUUUUCAUUCUUUUAUUUUAUAGUAGUAAACAUAGAAAGCACCUUAUACAACUUUUAUGUUUUUUCAAAACAAAUCUAGAAUGGUUCAGUACUGUUAUUUAUUACUUAUAAUGCAGAUAUGUUCAAAUAAUGUCUAUGGUGUAUUGUUUAGACAGAAAAGAAACAAGGAUGAUAUUGACCUUAUAAUUCAUAUUGGCCAUAGAAAUGCCUUAUGGUACCCCUGGCACAUGCACAGAUUUGUUGUUGGGGGUGGAUGGGAAUCAUUUUUUAUUUCAAUUUGGUCUCCCUGAAAAUUACAGCAGUAACAGACAUGCAAAUCAUACACUACAUAAUAUUUUAUUUUUCAUCAAAACAGUAUUUCUAUUGCUUUUCUUUUAAAGUUUUGAUCUUAAACUGUACAUAUUAGUAGAACUCACAAAAUGUCGCAGAGGUGAUUUCUGAGGUUUACAGAAUAGCUUUAUGUUAUUCUCCGAGCAAUUCCAAUAUCUAAUUUAUUAUUUUAUUCACCCACUAAUACAGAGUAGAAAGCUUUAUUUCUUCUUGUGCUGGUGAAAGUGUCACUCCCUAAGGGUUAUCUCUGUAUGAUAAAAUAGACCAGAUUUAAUCACAGAGAUCAUGAUACAACUCCAAGAUCCCAAAGCAACCCAGUCCUGAACACAGACAGGAAGUGACACUUAAAGCUGAAGUAAAAUGUGCAUCAACCAGAAAAAAAAUAAAUAGGUGAUUGGACACGUUUUCCAGCUAUUCAUUUGUUACUUUGGAAUCUAAAGGGUGGCUGAGCAAAACACUACCACUGCUAAAAUCAUUACACCAUUGCAGCAGCAAAGGUCAUUCAAAAUGAUCUAGACUGGGCAGACACAUGGCAAAUGACAUUUAAUACAAAAAAGUGUAAGGUACUGCAUGCAGGCAAUAAAAAUGUCCAUUAUAAGUACCAUAUUGGUAGAUACUGAAAUUGAAGAAGGAAUCUAUGAAAAAGAUCUGGGAGUUUAUGUAGACUCAGAAAUGUCUUCAUCUAGACAAUGUGGGGAAGCUAUAAAAAAGGCCAUCAAAAUGCUCGGAUAUGUAGGAAAAGUGUUGAAUUUAAAUCGAGGGAAGUAAUGUUAAAACUUUACAAUGCAUUAGGAAGACCUCAUCUAGAAUAUUGUGUUCAGUUCUGGUCACCUCACUACGAAAAGGAUAUUGCUGCUCUAGAAAGAGUGCCUUUUAAACCAGAAUUAUUCCUGGUUUAAAAGGCAUGUCAUAUGCAGACAGGCUAAAAUAAUUGAAUCCAUUCAGUCUUGAACAAAGAAGACUACACGGCGAUCUGAUUCAAGCAUUCAGAAUUCUAAAAGGUAUUGAAAAUGUCGACCCAGGGGACUUUUACGACCUGAAAAAAGAAACAAGGACCAGGGGUCACAAACGGAGCUUAGAUAAAGGGGCAUUCAGAACAGAAAAUAGGAGGCACUUUUUUACACACACAGAAUUGUGGGAGUCUGGAACCAACUCUCUAGUAAUGUUGUUGAAGCUGACACCCUGGGAUCCUUCAAGAAGCUGCUUGAUAAGAUUCUGGGAUCAAUAAGCUGCUAACAACCAAACGAGCAAGAUGGGCUGAAUGGCCUCCUUUCGUUUGUAACUUUCUUGUGUUCUUAUUAGUGACCCUCCUUGGUGCCUUACAUGGAUGGCUAAAUGCAAGCAGUGCUAGAGAUGUUCAUUUUAAUAUCCCUGGUACAGCACAGAGGGGCCUAUUGUAUGACUGCAGUUGUUGUCAUUUUUAAAUGAUAGUAGAAAACCAAAUAGAAAAGGGAAUUUUGUUUUUUAGGAACACUGUUAGACUUUUAGAAGAAAAACUUGUGCUGUUGUAAAAAAUGAUGACAAUCAUGCAGUUUACUUUCACAUCAAUCUUGAGACAGCUGUAGCUGACAGCAGUGUUUUUUUUUUCUAAAUCGACCGCGAAAGAUCAAUUGAUUAACCCCUGAAUAAUGGGCAUAUUGUAUUUUGCAAUCAUAUCAUAACAGGUUCCACUCAAUUAUGUAUAAAUAUCUACCAACCUAACCGUACCUAUAGUACCUGUAUGUGUAAAACUGGUCUGAAGCAAACAGUUUUGUGUUUUAUUCACCAAACUGCUGUGUGAUUUUCUUUUACCCAGGACACUCAUGACUAUGGGAUGCCAUCAACUCAUUGAGGUUCUUCUGUAGUAAUUUACAAUGUAGGAAGCUUUUCGAAUUUCAGCAAUGCAUCUGUCUAGCUUCAGUGAUGUCUAGAUGGAAAUGUGUGGAAAUGUUUAACACAAAGGUUUAUACACAUUUUAGGACUGUUUAGUUCUGAAGGUUUAAGCUUGCUGUUUGAAAAAGUGUAAAUUGUGAAAUCAUUAUUAUAGUAGCUCAAUAUAAAAAGCAAAAGAGAUGUGGCAACAAAAACCUUAUAUUCAAACAAAAAAGAAAGUACAUUUAUUUAAAUAUAUAUUUUUGUAUAAUAUCCCAAAGAGUCAUUAUAAAUGCAACUUUAUGCAAGCAGAGAAAAAAAAAAACAUGCAAGUAAGCAAGUUCAGGUAGUUAAUGCCAGCAACAGCUAAAGUUAUUUUUGUGUGCAAUACUGAUCUUCAACAUGAUUCUUUCGAAUUUUCUGUCAAAAUCCUUAAUAUGACCAGUGUCAAAAUGACGCAAAAUUAAGACACAAGUUCAGAGUUUAAAAGACUUCAAACCAUGUACUGUUUCUAUUUCCUGACAUGCAGUUUCUGAUUAUAUUUAGGUAUGUUACAUAUUACAGUGCUUUGGAAUAUUGUUGAAUGUAUUACCAGCAUUUAUUGCAAAUAGAUUUUUAUGUAAGGAGAAGAUCAACAUGUAUUUCUAAUCUGUAAUAACAAACGCAGUUAUUAAUGCAGACUUUUGGUAAGGUAUAUUAUGUUUGCUUUGUUGAAAGUGCAAAAAGUGAAACUAUUCAGUUAACAAUAUUGAAUACCCUUGACAGUUGUUUCAGUGCAACCCACUGUGACAAAAUCUGACUGUUGCUUUUGUUGUUAAUGUUUUGUCUGUUGAUAAUAUUCCAAGAAACAAGAAUGUCUGACCCUACAUAAUCUUGGCCAAAAAAAUUAAUCGGAACUCAGUCUAGCCAAGGUUUUAGCUCAGUUGGCCUUUUGCAGCAUCAAAAUCAGUGUGAACAUUAAAAUUCAUGCUCAGUCAGUAGAGGUGCUGUAAUAAUGAAAGUAAGAAAGUACUUGGUUAUCCAAACAUGUAGUUGCUCCAGUUAGUCAAUUGUUCUAAUAAUAAUGAAAUAAAAAAGAUUCUUAAAAGGGGGAGUUGUAGGAUUAUUCUCAUUAUCUGGGUUUCAUAUAUGACUUCCAUUGUGUGUGUGUGUGUGUGUAUUACCACAAUGGUGUUGUAAACCUGCACAACACAUCCCACUGAAGUUCAAGAGCAUCUGGAGACAAGCAAAAAAACUGCAAAUGUUCUUCUUGCGAUGCUAUCACAAUGUCACUUAGGUCAAAGAAGUUUAUGGGAAAUUAAAUCGUAGUUCAUUUGCUAAUUUGUAUUAGUUCAACACUAGGAGAUGAGGAAAGCUCAAAUGACAGCUAUGGGUUUAGUUGUAGAAAAACUGAAAAAAAUGUUUUUUAUUGUCUGAAGACGCAGAGCUUUUGGGUCAGUCUUAAUAGAUAGCACUAGAAAUGGUGCAAGUCCAUUGACCUAAACUUGCAAGAGAAUAAAAUCAAAUAUGUAACAUGGAAGUCAAUAUUAACAACAUUAAAAUCAGAGGGGUUUUUUGACACUGAAAUAUUAUUGUGUUCUUCACUUUGCAUUUGUACAUUAUAGCACCAGACAUGUACUGUCUUUGUUGUAAGACUUUCCCUUAUCUGAUACAAACAUUCAAUAAGACAUCAUGCCUUUUUUCACAGAAAAAAAAUGUCUUGUAUACAUUUGUUUAUUGGUGACUUUACAUUUUGCUAUAAAAAUCUAAAAUGCAUUUAACCACCACUCUUAACAUAAUUUCAUUUAUAUUAAUGAUUGUGUGUAUUUGUAACAAGGCAAUGUUCAGAUGAAAGUGUAAAUCCUGCCGUAACUUAAGCUUUUUGUUGCUUUGCUGGUUUGCAAGAAAAUGCUAAUGUUCAUCUUCCAAUAAAUGUUUAAUUCACUA